AUGAAUUAUGUAGAGAUCAGUUUUUACGAUGUAGAGACAAAAGAGAAUUUCCAAAUUAAAUUAUCAGUGAUGCUUUACGAGCACAAAGCGGGUCUUGCGAACGCCCCUCCCCCCGGCUGCCAUGUCAUCUGUUACGCGGAUGACAUCUUAGUGCUGGCCGGUGGGGAAGACUGGGGGGAGGCCCACCACAAUGCGGAGGUGGCAUUGGCGACGGUGGUGGGCACAAUAAGUGACCUGGGUCUAAAGGUGGCGCUCCAAAAAACGAGGGCCAUCUAUUUUCACGACGGCAGCCGUGGGGCGCCGCCGGAGACCCAGGUCUUGGUGGACGGAGUCCGUGUCCGCGUCGGGUCCACGAUAAAGUAUCUGGACCUGACGUUGAACGGCCGAUGGGACUUCAGGGCCCAUUUUAGGGACCUGGCCCCCCGGGUCAGGAAGGCAGGUCUGGCUCUGGCCAGACUGAUGUAG